AUGCAAUCCGGCAGAGCAGCCUAUUUCAUCACCAAUGACCAAGCCAAUGCCAUUGUCGCUCUGCCGAUUGGAUCAGACGGGCAAUUGUCUGAAGGGACCAUUACCUCCACUCGUGGCUCUGGUAUGUCCUCUGUCAAUGGCAUGACAAAUCAACCAGCUGCGCCUGAUGGGCUGGUCUCUCAGUCUGCUGUAGCAUUAGCUGGAAACUAUCUAUUCACUAUCAAUGCUGGGUCCAAUACUAUUGUCAUGUUCAAGAUCGACCCAGCUAGCCCGACGAAACUCACAAUGAUCGGGCAGCCAGCUACUGUCCCUGGCGAAUUUCCCAACACGGUCGCUGCUUCAGAGAGAAACCACCUCAUUUGCGUUGGGACUACUGGUGCGAAGGCUGGAAUCUCGUGCGCAUCGUUUUCCGACUCUGGCAUGGGCCCAAUGGACAGUCUCCGCGCCAUAACAUUGAAUCAAACUACCCCGCCAGUCGGACCAACCAACACUAUUUCUCAAGUCUUCUUCUCUGACGAUCAGAAAAGCUUGUAUGCUACGGUGAAGGGUGAUCCGGUCAAGAACAACACCGGCUUCUUUGCUUCCUAUCAAGUGGGCCAAAUGGCUGGCCACGCAGCAGUAGCUGAGCAACCACAACGCUCUUCGCCGGCUGGAACAGCUGUUCUAUUCGGAUCAUUCAACAUUCCCGAGUCUAACAACGUGUUUGUCACAGAUGCAUCAUUUGGUGCUGCUGUUUUAUCCGUUGAUCAAAGUUCCAAACUCGCCACGGUCAAGGCGAAGGGUGUCAUUGACGGACAAAAGGCUACCUGCUGGGGCACCUUCUCCAAGGCAUCAAACUCAGCCUUCGUCACGGAUGUGGGUUUAAACAGAGUGGUGGAGAUGUCUUUGACGGAUGCAAGUGUCAAGAACAUCGUCGAUCUCAGCUCUAACGGCGACCAGGGUCUCAUUGAUCUCAAAGCUGCCGGCAACUUCGUCUACGCGCUAGCUCCAGGAAACGGUACCACCAGUGCAGCUGUAAUGGUUCUUGAUACAGUUCAAAAGAAACAAAUACAGCAUCUCCAGUUGCAGAAUAUGGGGGUUGGGAAGAACGCUCAAGGCAUGGCCAUUCUGAUCUGA